CAAAGCUUGCUGAAGAAUGAGCAAAAUCAAGAAGAAAUGAUACUUCACUUCCUUCUGGAUCUGUCUAGUCAGUGUGGUGUCUCAUUUCCCUGUACUCCAAGUGAGACGUCUUUUGUGUUAACAUCUUCCCUUCAUGCCAUUGAGGAUGAUUCGACUAUGGAUGUGAAAUCUCUCUGGGAUGAUGUGAGAUUGCAUCUUCGACGAUUUUUAAUAAACAGACUGCAAAGUCAAGAAGAAACAGCUACUAAUGCUUUACAACAACAAAUGGAGUUUAAAACUCAGUGCAUUCAGCAACUUCUGUUUCUUUACCCUGAGUCAGAAGUCUUAGCGAAGUAUCAAAAUAUGCAAAAUAAAGUGGUUCGAGAUCUUCUACAAAAAUGUAUUUUGUCUAGCUGUGGUGAAACAAACUUCGAUAAGGUGGUUCAUGGUUACCAAAGUUCCGUACCCACAUUGUGCACAAUGAUAAAAGAAGAUUUGUGUCUGCUAUGUGGAACUAUUGAUCCUUCUUCAUCACUGAAGUUUAUUAAUGAAACUUAUCUGGUUACCAUCACUGAAGAAAUGACAGUUCUUCUUGAAAGACUUUGUGAGCUGCAGUUCAAAGAAAGUGCUCUACAUAUAGUUAAGGCAAACAAGAUUUCAAAGAAGCAUAGAGGAACAGUUCAUGCUGUGGGUUAG